UGACCGUCUGGCUUCCAUGCAAGUAUUGGCCAUUCCGCUUACCAAAGAAAUUAAGGUCUUUAAAAAUAGAAGCGACACCUCCAUCCAUCUUAAUUAGCAGCAAAUAAACAAUAAAAAAUAGCUUCAAUUCAUCCUGUAAUGAAAAUGGAACCCAUCACGGAAAACGCCAUGGCGGCUGUGUCCGCGGCUCUGGAUGUCGCCACGUUCAACGAAGAGCUUCACCAGUCCUCCUCCUUAGAGGAUGAACUUCUUAUCGAGCUCACGUGGCUAAAAUGGUUCCUCAUUGACGGUCAACGGACCCCGGAAGGGAGGCAGCGGGCCGAGAUCUGGUCCCCGGCGAUCGAGCGCCUGGCGCAGCGCGCAGUCACGAUCCAGUCCGGUUGGGUCCACGUUUCUUCCAACCCUUUCGGCAUGGCUGAUCUCUUAACCAAUCUUUCCUAUCUAAGAGAUAAACUCCAACUGUGCGUCACAAGUGCUUCAUCUCCGGCUCCAAAAGAUCCAGAAUUGCCAAUAUCUUCCCUGAAGAUCCCUAAACAAAUAAAAGAGAAUAUUAAAGUGGCAGCAUGGGGAGGCCCGGGAGGAAAGCGUUGGAACUUCAAAUUUGACGGGACAUUGAAGCAGAUCACCGUUGCAAAUGGUGAAGUUAUUGAUUCUUUGCAUUUCACCAGCCUUAAAUCGGAUGGUUCGUUGAAGACUUUAAAAAUUGGAGGUUGUGGCGGUUAUAGAACUAGCCAGAUUAACAUUGAUGGAACAGUGGAGAAGUUGACGCAAAUAAGUCGAACGUAUGGAUUUUACACCCACUAUGUUGUGAUCAGAUCCAUCACAUUUCGAACCACCUUGACUACUUAUGGACCAUACGGUUCGAGCAGUGGUGCACCAUUCAGUAGUGCAAUGCACAAGGGAGGAAAGAUUGUAGGGCUACAUGGACGAGCUGGCCAGUUCGUCGAUGCUGUUGGUGUAUUUUAUCGUCUUUAAUCGGUGUAAUGUCCCCAUAUUUUCUUUUUGAAAACUCUUUUAUCUUUCUAUUGUGGGUAUGGGGUUCAACCUUCUCGCUCAUAUUUGCUGAAAAUCUAUGGACUUACGUACAUAUGCUUAUGAAUUUUAAAUAAACAAUCUAAUGGUUUAAUUUAUAC